AUGAAGUUCUUCUCCAUCGCCUUAAUCUCGCUUAUUUCCGUGGCCUCGGCUGCCCCCACUCCUGUUGUUCGAGGCCCAGGAGGACGUCUCGUUCUUGAGGGUUCAACAUGCAGUGAUGUACAGGGCAGAAGCGUGUGUCAAGAUGGAUUCGGCAACACAUUUUUCGAAGACGAUCCUUUCUCAUCACGAUAA